AAACAUUCAUUCCUUUUUUGUUUAUUGUACAAUCUCUAGUGUUACAUUUCAAGCUUUCCUAGAAAAUGUUCAACUUCGUGAUUGUUACAAGACGCAGUGAAAUGUAAUGUUUCACAAUGGCGACUCUAACCAUCACAACUACACACCUGCCACAAUAGAGUUUACAAGAAUAGAUGUCGUCCCAAAAAUAACUCACGUAUUCUCGCGUAGUAAAGAUCUUCCAGCAUGAAAACAUACAAAACUUAUGCCUCAGCUCGUGGCGUGUAAGCAAAAUCCAAUAGUUGACCAGUGAAUGAAAUCAGCACUCUCGACAAGCACACUGCUAGUGUUGGGUUUGGGAAUGCAAACUGUGCAAUUAUCGCCAGACUGCCUCCUCCCACACCAACCUCCCUCGCAUCAAAACUGAUGAAUGUGCGGAAAAAGGCGUAAUGAUUUGUGCGAAACAUUUCUAUAUCACAUUUAACGAUCGACGGGCAGCGUAAAGCCGCAGAAUAACAUACAACAACACAUCGUGCAGGGCGUGUAUCUUCCAUCAUGUGGAGUGCGGCACCAAUCAUGGAGCCUAAAGUGCCGGAUUUGUACGAGUUUUUGGCAGAAGCCGAGUUGCAGCAGUAUUAUAACUCGCUAAAAAACGAACUGAAGAUAACGAACGUCACACAUCUUAAGUAUGCAACCGAUGAGGAUCUACGACAAGUUAGUGGGUUGUCGCGACCCGAAAUCAGACGUUUGCGGAAGUAUUACGAAAAGUAUUAUCCGCACGGAUACCUCAACAAGAUACGUCGGCUGCUGCAAACGCCACGCAAGGAUGAGAACAAUCCAAACAGUCCGACCUCCAGCAUCGAACCGAUUAAAGCGUGCCCUUCGCCGAGCAAAAUACCCAACAACAAACAUAUCAUCCCGCCCGAUGCGAUAUGCGUGAACAAGCAGCUUGGCACUGGCGAGUUCGGGAUUGUCCAGCAAGGAGUGUGGACGAACGGUUCCGAAAGAAUACAGGUAGCUAUCAAAUGCCUUUGCCGGGAGCGUAUGCAGUCCAACCCGAUGGAGUUUCUCAAGGAGGCGGCGAUGAUGCACUCCAUCGAACAUGAAAACAUAGUGCGCUUGUAUGGCGUAGUACUCGAUACAGAAUCACUUAUGCUCGUGACGGAGCUGGCGCAUCUGCGCUCGCUGCUAGAGUGCCUCAAAGACCCGGGUUUGCGAGUGAGCUUUCUCACCGUGCCCACGCUGUGUGAAUUUGCGUCGCAAAUCUGCAACGGUAUGAUGUAUCUCGAAAACAAACGCUUCAUUCACCGCGAUCUGGCCGCCCGUAACAUUCUAGUGUUCAGCAAGAACAAGGUGAAAAUCUCCGACUUUGGCUUAUCCCGAGCGCUCGGCGUCGGAAAGGACUAUUAUCAAACGAACUUUAACGUUAAUCUCAAGCUGCCGAUUGCGUGGUGCGCACCGGAAUGUAUUAACUUUCUACGAUUUACGCACGCAUCGGACGUGUGGGCGUUUGGUGUUUGUUUGUGGGAAAUAUUCUCGUACGGAUUUCAACCUUGGGCUGCCCUGACCGGACAUCAAAUUUUGGAAGCAAUAGACGAACCACACUACCAACGGCUCGAGAAACCAGAAUGCUGCCCUAAGGAAUAUUACGCUCUUAUGCUGAAAUGCUGGCAACAUGAUGCCGCCAAACGACCCAAAUUCAGCGAUAUAUUCCUUAUGCUUCCCGACAUUAAGCCGGAACAGUUGAAAACAAUCGUAGCAUACAGUGAGCACAAAAAAGAUUACCUGAUGUACCGUCAAGGCGAAAUCAUCACCGUUUUGGAUAAGAAUAAUAACGCGCCGUACUGGAAGGGUGUGCUCAAUUCGGGCAAGACGGGUUUGUUCAACCCUGCGAAUACGGUGGCCUACCUAGAUAGUCUGCCAUCGUCUGUAAAUCGGGACAGCUUCUGCAGAACAGCUGAGCGAUCUAGCAAGCGCAAAAUACGCACUGAUAUGAUCUCCCGGCCACAGAACGAUCUAAAACACACCGGCCAUGUUGGGAUCGAUGGAGUUUCAUUUGGAGAUGUUGCCUUUUUAUCUAGCCCACAAAACCUUCCACGCCAAAUUGUAACACCGUACAAGCCUUCCGAAGAUUUGGAACAAACGCCUUUGCUACUUCCUCCAACGCCUACCAGUCCGGAUUCCAUUCAAACUGCGAGCGGUUAUUUUUCCGAAACGCUGCAGCUAGCCGGUCACCAAUCUUUCAUAAACGCCGGCGAAAAUCAUCAUCAUAUAAUUGACCACGGCGGCACUGCAAGUACUGUUGUCGAUGGUCUCACAACUAGCGCAUUUGAUUUCCGUAAUAGCGGUUUCAAGGACUCGAAUCCCUUCAUCAAUGCUGACGAUAAUGGGGAUAAUGCAGCAGCCUACAAUAACACAGCCGUCGCAACGUCCUCAAGGGAUGGGCAAAAUCAGCAUGAAUAUCAUGAAAUCUCCGACGAUGACAUCGCCACGGAGAAAGUUUUCGAUCAAGGACCUUCUUUGAUGGACGAAAUGGAACAUGUGUUCAAAUCCAUGAGCACAAUCUCUGAGCAGGGUGUACCGCUGUCCCCCGACGCGGAGAAUACUAACAUGCGUAACGAGCUGGCAGAACUAUCGUCUAAAAUGAGCCGAAAAACUAGUUCCUCUACUAGUGCGGGAACACUUGGUAGCAAAGGAAGUAAAGCAAAACCCAAGAAAGCCAGCACAGUUAAGCCCAUUUCAAUGAAAGAUGAAAAACUGUUGAAUCAAGUGAUUGAAAUGGCAAAUGAAAUAAGUGCCAAAUCCAUGACGGACCUGGUGACCGAUGCAAACCAUCAAACAUUGAGCCCGAAGCGUAAAUUCAGCUUCCGCUUUCCACACAUCCACAAUGUGGUUGGAGGUGAUGGUUUACGAGGCUCCUCGAAUAGUAGCAUCGCGGGCAAUCAGCCGCACGUCUCUGGCUUGAGCGCUGGAAGCUCUUCACAUGCCGGGCGCGGCUUACAGGACAAAGAUCACGGUAUAUUGUCAGGCUCUGGACAGCACCACCCUCACAGUUCGAAUACGUUAACGAAUUCGUAUCGCGAGAAACGUAACUUUUCUCAGGAAGUGAACAAUGUGCCGGAUUUACAGCGCUAUCGAUCUCUGACAGGGAUAGAAAAUUGCCAGAACAAUGACAUCAGAAUUCCCCUGUUCGACAAAGAAUCGUCGGACUUUUGUUUCAAGAAGUCGCGGGAGUUGUUAAGCAAACAGCCAUUCAACAUGACGACUGACCUUUCUUCGGUGACGGCUAAACUAAACGGUAGCAAAACGCGUGAUUUGAUUGGAGAAAAUUUGCUGGAUAUCGAAAAAACUCUAAAUGCGCUGAAUCUGGACUUUCUACAGACCUACCACGAGCUCGAAAAGGCGGAUUCUGCCGAAACGCUCUUCGUCGAAUGUUACUCUUCCAUGAUGUGUUCAUCGUCGCCAUUUCAAAAGAGUCCUCCAUCAGGAUCGCUUAUACGAAAUUCUUCAAUUGAAUCAUCCAAUUCGCGGGUAAAUUGUGCUCUCAGCGAGAAAGGAUCUUCCGGAUCAUCGUCCGUCACCGGCAAGAGUCCGCCAAGCAUUGGUUUGGGAGGAAGUGCUGCUGGAAAUGUUCCAACCAGUGGCGGAGUCAGUCGCUGUUUCUCGGAGUUAAACGGAACGUCUCCUAAGCCAACGAUGCAGCAAGAUCACAACAAUAAGUAUGGUAUUCGCGAUUUUAAAUUUCGUUCAUUUGACGCUCGCCCGAAGGAACGGUCGGAUUACUACAACAUCAAGAAUGAAUAUCUUUCAGAGCUGACGCGCAAACAGCAAAGCCAGGUGCUUGGCUCGGCUUCCGUUCUGCAGCACACGGGCGCUGUUGGUAGCAAACAGCAGCAAAGCCAAAAAAUAAACCAGCUCUAUCAAAUUUACAACACGCCAAUGCAGGGCCGAAAGUAUGAAGAUAGUUCAGCUUCUAUAACUGCCCCAUCCGCAUCCGCAGUACGCCAACGAUCUUUAUCCUUUACGGAAAACUAUGAACUGAAACCAUCGCUAACUUCUAAUAAAAGUGGAACGAUUGUCAAAACGCAGAGUGAAUCGCAGCCAUCGGUACCACCACUACUAACAACAGCGCGUAAUGUAAUAACCUACAAACCUAGAAGCAUUCGCGCUCGGAACUUGCGACGUCUGAGCUACAAUCCGAUAAACAUGGUCGACAGCUCUUCGUCUAGCAGUGAGAGCGAACUCGACCGUAAUCUAGCCCAUUCCGAAUGUGACAUACGGACCCGGCUUCACACAACGGCCACUCGGCGCCGGAGGCAUCAUUACAUGACUCGAAAAUCAAAUAGCAACAGUGCCAGCAGCCAGGAUAAGCUCUACGGUUCAAAUGCGAGCAUCAAAAGUGCUCCACAAUAUAACUACCACAGCGACCGACGCCAGUAUUAUAAUCAUUUACAGCACCCUCCCUAUCACUACGCUGACGACUUCGGUAUUAGAGACAAUGACGAGGAAGACGAAAGCAUCUACGAAUUCGGAGUACGCCAUGCGCAUUUACAAUCGGAAGGAAAGUUAACGACCACAUCUACGCACAAGCUGCCGGCGGCCGUGGUGCCUGCAGCAGCUGUAGCUGCAGCUUCAUCGUCCAUGGUACCAGCUGCUUCAUCCCCAGGAUCCGCAUCGCUAGUGAGCGGUGCCAAGUUUGGCGGAACCGAAACGCCGAACUACACAAACAAGGCUCUCGAGCGAGAGUAUCUCUACUCAGAGUUCGACGUUUCGAAGCUGACAGGCAAAAGCCCCACCACACAAAGCUACUUUCCGACGGGAACGGCAGCCGGGCAAGGACAGCAACCAGUUCAAAAACCGACCGUCAUCCCAGCGACUGCUAAAACUAAUCCAGUGACGCCAAUCGCAGGAACAAACGCAACACUUGCCACACACUUGCAAGCUCAGCCACAGCCAGGAUUUCAGUGGCCAGAAAAGAUACAUGGCGCAUUCGUGAAACACAAUGAUAUGCUCUGGCGACAGCAACAGCCAGCAACCAUUUACAAAAGCGUUGGGCAAUCGGACAGACACUAUUCCAGUGAUACGUCCUCUACCGAGACAGACUCCAUUGAUUUCCGCCGUCCUGUGGAAUGCUUACCGAUCAUGCCUCCCUCUCCAGCACCUUGAAGCACAAUUACCGAGGAGGCACGAAUAGCGUACAACAGCCUGGUAGAAAACCCUUGUACGUCAGGUGCCAGCGGCGGCUUCUCGAACAGUGUCGGCCAAGGAGGGAACAGUAGCUUUACCUCUUCCACAUUGCCACGGGCAAAAUUGACUAACUCUCUUGCAACCGCGAGCUUCCGAUUCAAGGACAUCGAUUGCUGUUCCCCACCGUCAGAACCUGCUCCCAAGUCUCCAGAAGAAGCCGAUUUGCUGCUCUCCGAAGGAUCAAUGUGCGACAAUAUUACGGCCGAAUGUAAUCCACUGCGUAUGAUGAGGAACAAAAAUUUCUCCAUCGUACCGCGAUCAAAGAACAAGAUUAGCACCCAUCAGGUGCCAUGGGAAGAGCAGCUGGAUACGGCGUCAGGCUCAACAAAUCAGGCCGAAAGCCCAAGCUACCUGACGAAUCCCGAGUACACGUAUAACAAUGCGCUGACAUCAACUCUGACCGAAACGAGAACUGCCGCCGAAGGGACGGAUAAUCCAAUUCCCUUGCCUCCUCGUGACCGCAACAAAACGAUACCAGUCAAUCAAAAACGGCACGUCAGGAAGUAUCCGCUAAUAAUACCUGCGGCUGGAUUGCAGCGUACAUUGAAUAAAGUCACCCAAGUUACACCGAUCGAUGAAAAAUCAGACGUGUUUUCUAUCACGGAUACGGCAGAACCCACCACAGCUGGCAACAACAUCCACGACGACCAUCUGCGAAACGAUCCGGAUGAGUGCAGCAAUUUGGAUGUAUUGCACAAAUCCAUAGAAUCAAUUAAGCUGGGCGAAAUCGAUGAAGCUCUUGCUGAUUUGCCCUCGAAUGCAACCGAACAAUUGGCGCAGCAGAAGGGAUACAGCAAGGAAUUUCUACAGAACAAUUUUCCCAGCGUAUCGGCUAAUCCUCUGCCUAUGGUGUGCGGUGAACAACACUCUUCCACAUUAUCGAACACGAUAACCACAACAACACUUCCUGCCACUAUACCAGCUGCUAGCGCAAUUCUUACACGUCGACGAACGGCCAGUGAUGCAGGCGUGUUGGGUGCGUCGGCACAAAGAAGGCAGCCACCACCACCUCCACCACCCCCAGCACCACUGAUGCUCUCUUCCAUUGCCCCCGAGUCGGAAUCUCGCGAUCCAACGUACGAAAAUUUGGACAUUUUUCAGACGCACAACAGCUUUUGCAUUGAUACAGCCUCGCUGCACUGUGAAUCGAUAUUAGAGAAUGACGCCGACUCCUGUCCCACACCACACGGCAUCGGAGGUUCAACGGCGGCUACCGAUCUGGUGGACGGGUUUGAAGCGUCCAUUGUCUUUGACAGUAUUAAUAGCAGCGAAUUCCACCAAACGCGGCAACCGAUCAAACCACCCAGUGCCGAAAAUGAACAGCAUGAUCGUACCACACAGCCAACUACCGAAGGCGAAUUGAAAAAGUCCAUGAACUUUGUCAGCUGUGAAGAUUUGCUAGAGUUUGCCGAAAAGCCAAAAGGACGUGCCCGAGGACUAGAGUCCGACGAAGUAAGAAUCAUGUCAAAGGUCCUUGGUAAAAAGCCUUCUCCUGCACAAUGUUUGCUAACGCUGGAGUUUAUUGACUGGGAUAUACACAAAGCAAUCAAGCUAUGCAAGCUGCAAACCAUUCUCGAAUCAUUUAAUCUCUCGCUACAGGAAUGCAGCGAUGCACUGCAAAUGUACGAUUGGGAUCUUCAUACUACGGCCCUAAAGUUAAAAAGUGGCAAUAGCUCCAGGUGAUCGUAAGAAACCAACGCAUAAAAAUACGAAUACUCCCUAUGCAAAUGCCUAAAAACUACAAUACUCACGAGCUCUCUUUUAAUCGUGAGUAUGCCAGUUAAUUUCAUACGAUUGAACGUUUUAAAAUUGUAUUCGUAAUAUAGGCCAUAUUUUAACUACAAAUAUUUGAAGUACAAGAUAUUUGAAUAAAUAUACAACAAAUAAUAAUACAA